AUUUAAUCAAUGUUGAAUCACGUCUUCGUUUUACGCUGCAUGUGACUUCAUUUAGAUACCGAAACAAAGAGAAAUCGCCAUGGAAAAGGAAGAAAAAUAUGGAAUCCAAUCCUCCGAUCUCGACGCUGUUCCGAUGCAGGAAAUUAAUAUAGGAAAGGAUAAUUCCUACGAGCAGAAACCAAAGGAAAGCUUCUGCUCCGAAUUCCGGAAUAGCAAUGUCAUACAGUCGCAGAUUAAACGGAGUGUGUGUAAUUCCGGGGCCUAUAUGAUCAUGGGUUGGACAAAGGGCCAGAUUGGACCAUCAUUUCCUGAUAUUAUGAUUAUUUCUGGAGCCGACCUUGAAAAUGGAUCUGCAUUUAUGACGUCAUUCUACACAGGUCGAUUACUUGGCUCAGUUCUAGCUGGUGUGAUUUACUCAAAAAUAAACAAGCAUCUUUUGUUUGGAGCAUCACUAAUAUUAUACAGCCUAAUGGUAGCAGCCAUCCCUUGGUGUUAUCUCUACGAACUCAUGGUAGCUGCGCAUACAUUGUUUGGUGUUUGCGGAGGAAUUCUGUCGGUUGCAAUAGGUUGUGAAACUGUUGAUAUUUGGGGACCAACUCCAAGGGGCCAUUCAUACCUCAUGGGAAACAGCGCUAUGUACGCUAUCGCCAGUGUAUUAGCGCCUUUAGUGACGGCGCCAUUUUUACUUCAAAAGCCUCACUACAACAAGAACAACACUUCCUGGAAUUCCACUUCCUACUAUUCUCCUAUCUACACCUUACUAAACAGCACUAACCAAUCUGGUCUGCGUGGUAUGGAUUUGGACAAUGACAAAUCUGCAGCCAUAAACCGAAGCAUGUCAAAACUUUACGUAGCAUAUACAAUAUCAGCGGUAUUAAGCAUGUUGACAGCUAUGUUAUUCCUCAUCCUGUUUUGUCAGCUAGGACCAAGCGAGAAGGAGAGGUCGCAGAAAGGUGAAUCACACUUCAUUGGAGAACGUUCGCCAUUACUUAAGCGGUUACAAUUGUUUAACACCAGCGUUUUCAGUGUGUUGCAAAAUGCAAUUGAUUUUACGUUUAUUGGAUAUCUUCCAGUUUUUUGUAUCGAUUAUCUUGGUUGGACAAAUGCGUUCGGGGCUAUGGUGACCUCCGUUGCAUUUUUCAGUAGACUUCUAGGAACACUGAGCGGAAUAUUUCUUGUGAGAUAUGUUCAGCCUCACCAAAUUCUGCUCAUAUCAACAAUAGUUUCUACUGCAGGGUUCAUCGGGUUAACGAUAAGUGCACAUUUUUAUUUUGAUGCUGGUAUAUGGAUAAGUGUAUGUGUUAUCGGAAUUCCGUUCGGUCUGAUGUGGCCAAAUAUGCUAAGUUGGUUCAAUGAAAACCUCAUUCCGCUCCGUGGUGCAGUAUCAGGUUUUCUACAUUUUACUGUCUUUCUUGGUGCUUUAUUGGCUCCUCUGCUAUUUGGAUACAUGAUGAAAGAGAUAUCUCUCCUUUGGUUUUGUUACCUUUGUUGUAUUAAAUCGAUAGUAAUUGUUGUUAAUGCUAUCCUGAUGUUUAUAUACACAGACAACAAACGUUGAUAUUUCCAAUGCCGUUGUAAAGUCUCUAAAUAGACCUACCUAUCCGAGAUAAUUUUAUGACAGCACAACAGAACUGUAUCACACGACAAAGUGGUUUCGGCAAAUUCACGUUUCCCGUCAUACAGUAACUGGGAAACAGUUAUGCUUUCGCUUCAAAUACAAACUUUGACGGAAAUUCACGAAAGGCUUCCGAAUCACUCUUGUCAUCAGACGGAAAUUGUAACCAUAGAAACACUAUUUUGUUCCCGUAACUGGUCGUUACACCAUCUGGAAAAUAGUUUGUUUAUAAUGCACCAGAAGAAACUGCUCAUAUUUUUUUCUUACCUAAAUACUUAUAUUACAACACAUUUUAUGUUAAAAAUAGCACAAAAACUCAUAAGCUUACAAAUAGUUAUAUAUACAUCAUUAACUUGUCGUGUGAAAAAGUGAGAGAGAAAGAAAUGUGUGUUGAUUUGAGAAGAAAGAAAAUAGAGAGUGUUUCAUGCAAUGUGGGUUGUAGCUGGGGCAGCCCAUCCCCAGACAACCCACGAAUGAUGUACGCAUGCCUGGGUUAUUAAAUGUAU